AUGGAGACCCCGUCCUCCCGGCGGCGCGGCGCGGCGCGCAGGGGCAGGGCGCAGGCUCACACUGCACCAGGAGCGAGAGAAACUUUCUUCGUAAGGUCACUCUCCUGGGGACGCACUCCAGGGUUUUACAGCCUCUCCCAUUACUGGAGUGCCUACUCACAGGCCCUGCACUGCCACUGUGUCACGGCCAAACGGAGCAGCAGCAUGAACGGCCCGGCUCCCACAGCGGCAGGCUUCUCCGUGGAGCCUGCACACACGCUACAACAGCCCUGGGCGGGAGCAGCUCGGACGCUCAGAGGGUCUCCGACGGCCGGGACCCCGCUCCAGCUCGGCUCACCCCAGCUCCUCACUGCCCCAGACCCCCGCCUCAAGCUCCCCACCCCCACUGCGCCGCUGCAGCCGGGCGGAAGGCAGGGUUGGCCUCCACGGCGACCUCCCGGAGGGCAGUCCCUGGUAGUCCCCAGCAAUUCAACGCUGAUGUAUGUGAACCUCUCCAGAGACCUGAAUGGACUUACCUCUCCAUUCUUCAAUCUCUCAUCUGCCCUAUCACAGAAGAAAAGCAAUGAAAGCAAUCCACAGAAAACCAUACUGGAGGCCAAUUCCACCUGCAGCUCCCUAAACUCUCUAAGGAACUUUUUCUCCCUUACUGUUAGGGAUUGAACAGAGGCCAGAAGCAUAAGCUCUACCACUGACCUACACCCGCAACCCUAUAAGGAGGCUCUGAAAGUUGCUAUUGAAGUCCUGUUUUUCUUGGGAGUAACAUCUGUAAAGAAAGCCAACUCAACAACAGAAGCCAUCAAGAUUUUCUUCUGUUCAGGCCCCGAGACGUAGUUAUUUUCAUCUCUGGCUAUUGUUGCUACUGCCUCUUAUGUAUGUAUGCUGAAGCAAUGUAAGAAUACCAUAAUGAAUAAAUAGUUCUUUUUGUU